GAGGCGAGCGCAGGAGUGGUGGGGACGGUGCUGGCGCUUACAGAGCGAGCCGGACAUGGAGUGGGCGUGGCUCGAGCAGUGGGCGGGGUCACGUGUGUGGCGGAGAAGGGUGGUUGUGGCUGUGCUGGAGCGCUGCUCUGUCUCGCGCCGGUGUCAGUUACCUCUCCCCUCGCGCAGAGCAGCAGCGGCCGGAGACCCCCUACCAAACGCCCGCUAGCCCCAGACCGGUCACCGAGAGAGUCCGGCACCCCGCUCCCUAGCGCCGCCCUCCGCCGUGUCCAUGCCGUGCGCGGUGACAGGCUGCUGACACUGGUCACCGGCUGCCCGGACCUCGCCUUUCACUCGCUACACAGGGGAAGGAUCUAUCCGGCGUGCUGUGCUCCUGGCUAUGGCUGUCCUGGAUCUGGCUCUGCAGGGUCUCGCCAUCUUCGGCGUCAUUCUGUUCUUCGUGCUGUGGUUCAUGCAUUUCCUCUCCAUCAUCUACACACGGCUACACCUUAACAAGAAGGCAUCUGACAAGCAGCCAUACAGCAAGCUUCCUGGAGUUUCUCUGCUUAAACCACUGAAGGGGGUUGACCCUAAUCUCAUCAACAAUUUAGAAAGUUUCUUUGAAUUGGAUUAUCCAAAAUUUGAAAUCCUACUAUGUAUGCAGGAUGUAGAUGACCCUGCUGUGGAUGUAUGUAAAAAGUUACUUGGGAAAUACCCCAAUGUGGAUGCCAAUUUAUUUAUAGGUGGUAAAAAGGUUGGCAUAAACCCAAAGAUAAAUAAUCUAAUGCCUGGAUAUGAGCUUGCCAAGUAUGAUCUUAUUUGGAUUUGCGAUAGUGGAAUCAAAGUAAAACCUGACACGCUCACAGAUAUGGCCAAUCAAAUGACAGAGAAGGUUGGCUUGGUGCAUGGGCUCCCUUAUGUGGCAGACAGGCAAGGGUUUGCUGCUACUCUAGAGCAGGUAUACUUCGGGACUUCCCACCCAAGGUCUUACAUUUCUGCCAACGUUACUGGGUUUAAAUGUGUUACAGGAAUGUCCUGUCUGAUGAGGAAAGAGAUCCUGGAUCAGGCUGGUGGACUUAUUGCAUUUGCACAGUACAUUGCUGAAGAUUAUUUUAUGGCAAAGGCAAUAGCAGAUCGGGGUUGGAAAUUUUCUAUGGCUACUCAAGUCGCGAUGCAAAACUCUGGAUGUUACUCCAUAUCUCAGUUUCAGUCUCGGAUGAUUAGAUGGGCUAAGCUUAGAAUCAAUAUGUUGCCUGCCACAAUCGUGUGUGAGCCCAUCUCUGAAUGUUUUGUUGCCAGUUUAAUAAUUGGCUGGGCCGCACAUCACAUCUUUCGAUGGGAUAUCAUGGUUUUCUUUAUGUGUCACUGCUUGGCGUGGUUUAUUUUUGAUUACAUACAACUCCGAGGUGUUCAGGGUGGACCGCUUCCUUUUUCAAAACUGGACUAUGCAGUUGCCUGGUUUAUCCGAGAAUCUAUGACCAUAUAUAUCUUUCUCUCCGCCCUGUGGGAUCCCACGAUCAGCUGGAGGACGGGUCGAUAUAGAUUGCGAUGUGGGGGUACAGCAGAAGAAAUCUUAGAUGUAUAGCUUUGGACUUAAUGACUGUAUAUAAAAGAAAGCAAAAAAGAAAAAAAAAGUAUUAUAAAUUAUGUUUAUACGAAUGCUUUUAAAGAAGAAGAAAAAACUACCUUUUGAAUAGUUUUUACAUGUAUGUUUUGCUAUUGAUCUUUAAUUUAUUUUGCAUGGCAUUUGCAUCUGUGAAGGCAAAAUUUGUUUGUUAUCUGGGCCGUAUAGGGGCAAUAUAUUGUCUUUUUUGGGGGGUGAAAAGUUAUACAUGCUCUGCAGUAAGUUGCAUAGAAGGCCAAAACCUGGUGGUGCUUUCUAUCCUAGUUCUAACACAGAAGUGGAAAUUUUGUUUGUCUCACUUUUAGAAGAGAAACAAAAUAAUUUCUUAGGCAAUACAUCACACUGACACUCCAUCCUCUUAAUUCCUCAUUUCUUAAAUGACUGACUCCUUUACUGGAGGUUUUACAUACUGUUUGGCUACCUCAUGCUAUUGCUGCAGAGUAAAUAUAAUCAUCAGUAGGUCACAAUUGUAUGUGAAUUUUAAUAGGUAAUGUUACAUCUGCAAAGAAAAAAGUUUUUAAAGACUAUCAGUUAGUUAUAUAGUGCAGCCAUUUUGUGAGCUGAAUCAGAAUUCAUGAGAAUGCAGCCCACUAACGAACUAGGAACCAGUGAUGGCACUGAGGCACAAGGCACUUCUUGAUCUAUAAUAUCACAAGUUCCUUCUAAAUUCAUUUUCAUUAAUAUUGACUCCGCUCACUAAAAAGCUGAAGUAGACAGAGAAACUUUAAUCUGGAUUUUGUAUUGUUAAAAAGAUGGAUUGUCUUCCUACCUGUUGCUGCAAUGAACCAAAGGUAGACUGUUUGACUGCUCCUUAUGGCUAGCCAUGCUCUUAGAGAUUGUUGCUAACCUGUCCUUUUUGGGACCCUCUGUAAUCACAAUGCUGUAAUUAGCCUUUACCUCCAAACUUCCUCCUGGUGAGGUGUUGUUUUUUUGUUUUUUUUUUGUGUUUUUUAUCUUUGCUCUUGCCUCCCCACACUUGAAAGGGUUUUUUGUUGUUUUUAUACUUAGUUUUGUUUGGCCUGUUUCUCUUUAUAUGUCUAAUAAAAUGCAGAUUAGAAAGCAGUUCACACAUUUACCUAUUUUCUUAUUCCACAUAAAAUUGCUAAAACUUGUCAUUUUUGUGACAUGUAUUUAGUACCUUUUUAAUGCAUGUAUAAUAUUCAAAAGAGAAUCACAGUAAAUAUUGUAAAUAUAUAUUUAAAUGUAUACAGAGUAAAAAAAAAAAAAAAAAGACCUUUGUCGCAACUGAAGAGCUGAACACAGUCUUAAUUUAUUAGCUAUCAAACAUGUCUACUGUUUGGUUGUAUGCUUUUAUACAGUUGAAACUAGUGGGUUUUUUUUUGUUUUUUUUUCUGUUCUAGUAUAUAACAACUUUAAAAGAAAAUAUUGUGCAAGUUGUAAAUGCAUGCUGUAUAUUAUUCCUGCAAUCCUGAUUGUUUGUAGUUGUUACCAAUCCUCAAGUCUAGUUAACUGUGAAGCUCUGGUGAACUGGGCGUACGUUGGUUAUGUACAUGCACGCUGAAGAAGUGAACAGGAUAUGCAUAAGCCUUUAAUUUGUGUAUAUGUAUUCAAUUCUGGUUUUGUCACCCCAUCUCCCUUUGUGGUAUUGCCGCACUGGCUAGUGUAAUGGAUUCUUUCAUGCUAACUUACACUAAGCACAGCAUAUGCCAGAGAACUUAAUCUGUUUAUGAAAGCAAUAAUUACCAUUAUUUGGGCACUUAGCUUUACCUUACUGAGCCUAUCUAUAUCCUUAUUUUGCCCAAAUGUUCAUACUUCCAAAAACUAUUCUCUGGCCAAAACCAAUCUAGCCAGCUUAAUAUUUUGCCUUAUGACAUCAUGAUUUUGGUUGGAAGGGCAUCUGUUCUGAACAGGUGGGGUGAGGCUUUUGUUGCAUGUUCGCAUUCUUUACAUGAAUCAGGGAAAUAGUUUCCUGAGGAAAUGGCACAUUGCAGGCCAGUCUAGUUGUGACCCACAUGAGCUGUCCAUCAAUUGCUCUUUUAUUUUGUUACACAUUUUUGUAUUUUUUAUUUUGUUUUGUGUGUUCUGUGGAGUUUGGUUAAUGCCGUUCAUUACGCUGCUAUCCCCAGUGCUAUCUGGAAGCUCAUCCGUUUAAGCAGUGUGUAUAAAAAAUACAGGCUGAACAGACCUUUUUAUGAUCUCUAGGUAUGACAGUGACGUUUUGCACUUCUUGUACAUCUGCUUAUGAAGCAAAAGUGGAGCUUCCCAGAAGGAAACAGUUGAAGAUGAGGGUUUUUUGGAAACUUUGAUUUUAGCACUCCUGAGGGCAUCAUAAGCAGAAUAUUUGAAUUCCAAAUACUGUGUUAAUUUAAAGUGGUCUUAAAGUAGAUGCAAAUGAGGAAAUGUAUAGGAUAUUUUCAGUGUUUAUUUAAAAAAAAUUAUAAUUGUUUCUUGUUCUUUGUUCAAAAAAAUAAAUAAAUUUUGAUUAUAAUCAAA